AUGAAGUUCCUCAGAGCUCUGAGUGCUCUGCUCUGCUGCUUGUUGUCUGCUCACUCACUGGAUCCUGGUGGGAGGAACGUCUGCAAGAGUUUAAGGGACCCUUCCACUUUGGUCUGUUGCACUGGAUGGCGUCAGCAGGGAGACGAGUGCGCCAUACCUGUGUGUGCAGGGGAGCAGGUGUGUCUGGAUAAUGAGAUCUGUUUAUUUCCUGGAGUGUGCCGCUGUCCACCUGGCUACUAUGGAGCUCAGUGUAAAACACGCUGUCCUCCUGAGUUCUGGGCUCCAGACUGCCGUCGGGUGUGUCCGUGCUUCCCUCACGGCCGCUGUCAGUCCGCCACCGGCGAGUGCACCUGCAACGCCAACCGCUGGGGUCCGCUUUGCCAGAACACCUGCAAGUGCUCCCGCCACGGCCACUGCCAUCCCGUCCAUGGGAACUGCACCUGCGACAAAGGCUGGUCAUUGCCCACCUGCUCCAGGCCGUGCCAGUGCUCCAUCGGGGGCUCUGUGGACGCCAGCUGCGACCAGCUAACGGGCCGCUGCCAGUGCCACAGAGGAUUCUGGGGCAUCAAAUGCUUGGUCAAAUGCAACUGCAAUCUGUCUCCGUGUAACCAGGGGACGGGUGUGUGCGAGUGCCUGGCGGGCUGGUGGGGAUCCAGUUGUGACAGGAAAUGCACCUGUGACCUGACACACAGCAGCUGCGAGCCGGUCACAGGACAGUGUGUGUGCCACCCGGGUUACCAGGGUUUGUUCUGUGAACAGUUGUGCGCAGCUGGGAGCUACGGCAGCAGGUGCAACAUGAGCUGCGGUCCAUGUAAAGACCACCAGCCUUGUUCUGCCACCGACGGAUCGUGCUCCGCCUGUGAGCCCGGCUGGAACGGUACACGAUGUGACCGCCCGUGCUCGUUCGGUUUCUACGGGGAUGGCUGUCAGGAAACGUGUCCAAGAUGCAGGAAUAACGAGACCUGCGACCCCAAAACUGGGAGAUGUAGGAGCUGUGACCCUGGAUGGACGGGACCCAGGUGUGAGGAGUCCUGCCCCAGUGGGACACACGGAGACGCCUGCAGCUUCCUGUGCAGCCCCUGUUUCCAUGGUAACUGCCAUCACGUGACAGGAAGAUGUGUCUGCCAUCCUGGUUUUCAUGGAGAGAGCUGUAACAGCAGCUGCCCCGCUCUGCAGUUUGGUCUCAACUGUUCGUCUUUCUGUGACUGCGGUGAUGGAGUCAGCUGCCACCCCGUCACCGGCGCCUGCCCCAACAGUGUUCGAGGAGCUGUUCUAGCAGGCGUGUUGGUUCCUUCGUUCCUCCUGCUGUUUGCUGUUCUGUGCUGCUGUCUGUGUUGUGGAGGACGCCCCGCUGCUGGCAAGGACAGUGGGAAUGUGGCUGAUAGCAGUUUGUCUGUUCGGAUGAAGUAUCACGUCUACAGCGUCCUGGCGAACAUCGGUGCUGCCCUCCCCUGCAUCUCUGACUGGUCCUCUGGUCUGCCUCGAGUCACCGUGUCUCACCACGACCCAGAGCUGACUUUUAACCACAGUUUCAUCGAGCCUCCCUCCUCUGGUUGGGUCACCGAGGGCUCGUCAUUUGACAGUGAUGAAGAGGAGGGAGAGGCUCUCUACUGCGUGCCUCCAAGAGAAGACAUCCUGGAAGUGGCCGGAGGCGAGUUCCAGGAGAUGAGCUCCAAGUGUAACAUGUUCUUGGACCCGUCUGGCUUCAGCAGCGAGGACAUCACCUCACCCUUCAACAUCCCUCGAACCUCCAGCAUUGCUAAGUCCAAGCGCCCGUCUGUCUCGUUCGCCGAAGGCACUCGCUUCAGCCCCAAAGAGAGGCGAGGCUCCGGUCAGGACGUUGGAGCUCCAGUUCGCAGCAAGGCUAAGUCGCCCUGGGGGGUUUUGAUGCUGUCGGCCCUCCAAAGCCAAGGAGGUGCAGUAAGAAAUGGGGAGGUGGACAGAGCUGAGGGUGAGGAGGAGGAGGCAGAGGAAGAUGGGACAUAUGAUCAAGUGACAGAUAAUAUGGAGUCAAGAUGUGAGGAAGAGGCCCAGGAAGUAGACCGAUCCCAAUCUCAGGAGGCCUUGCAAGCUCCUAGGUUGUCGGGACGAAGACGGACUAUGUCCAACACUGCUGCUCAUAAAGGAACCUCUGAUGGGGAGGUGGGGGCACCACGUAAAGUCACCACAGUGUACGUGACAGUGGGUAAGGCAGGCCGGCCCCUGACAAAGACUGACUCUAGCUCUGAAGGUCCGGUUCAGGCCAUGCUGCGCAGACUGGGCAGCCUGCAGAGACAAAGGGAGCAGGACCCUGGUAAGCCAAGGUCAAAGGCAGCUGAAGGCAUCACCAAACCCCCCAGGAGGAAGCUGGGAGCUCGUGCCGCCGUGUGGGAGCAGGGAGGGCCAUCUGACGUGUGUAAGCCAAUCAGAAGGAAGCGCGCUUCCCACAAUCCCUCUAACACAUCUGGUCCUGAUGAAGCUGUACCUCAAGAGGAGAACCCUUCGAAACACCCACUGUCAUCGGUUUUAAAAAGCCGAUCAGACGUGGCCACAACUGACUCAGGUUCAGGUCUGAGGCCCGAAGGAGGCACAGGUCAGGGCGACGAUGCCGGUUCAGGACAAACUGAGAGCAGCUACCAAACAGUGGGAGCAGCAGGAGACAUCAUCACCAACGAGGGAGCGGUGGUGAACAUGAAUGAUGAACCCUGCUACGAAAAUGUCCUAAUUAAAUGA